AUAUAAUCUAUGCUUGUAAGCGCCCUCUCAUAGAGCUUCGGUACUUGUCACUCCACUAUUCCCCUACUGGCAUUGAAUCCUGUGAAACCGUGAACCUUACCAGUACACUCUGCCUAAUUCGAAGACCAUCUACCUGCAUCUAGCCGGAAUCAGUCAUGUCUUGUGCGACAGCGCAGUCUUGUGAGGAUGCGGUUGUCGUCGUAGACCGGAAGGUUCUACACAGCGCCGCCAAUCCCAAGUGUUGUUGCACCCAGGAGGAUUCGAGCCCCGCCCCCGCUGCCUCCCCAGCGGCUCCGGAGCCCAUGUGCAUGGAGCAGCUGCUCUCCCAGCUGCAAGUCGCCUUCGAGGCUGAGAAGGCGCAGGGCCAUGUGAUCGACAACAACCAGGACCCCGAGUCCUUCAGAAAGCUCAACAACACCGUGCAGGGACUCCUCAAGGCCUACACCUCGUGUAACAGCCGUGACUGGCAGCAGUACGCGCUGUUCAACGAUGUGCACUACGUGCGCAACCUGGUGCAUGCCAACGAGGACUUUGAGCUCAUCGUGCUUUGUUGGAAGUCGGGCCAGGUGUCCCGCGUGCACAACCACGGCUCCUCGCAUUGCUGGCUGGCGGUGCUGGACGGCCGCAUGCGCGAGGCGCAGUACCGGCGGGCCGACGGACUGCCCACCGGCACCAACAACCCGCAGGAGCAGGCGGGGAGCCAGGUGGAGGUGGAGCUUACACACAGCACUGACAUGCAGGUUGGCGACGUGGGCUACAUCAACGACCACCUGGCGCUGCACAAUGUGGGCUGCUUCACCGGCCCCGAGGAGCUGCGGACGCAGCAGACGGCCGACAGCGGCAGCGAGGGGCAGGCGGGCGGCUGGCGGCUGGAGGGCGGCGUCACGUUGCACCUCUACUCGCCGCCCAUCCGCCGUGUAAAGAUCUACGAGGAGGGCACGGUUCUGGAGCGCACGCCGGGCUACUAUUCUAAGGGCGGCGUGCGGCUGUAGGUGUGGGCUAACACAGGUGGUCUAGGUGGCUCAGGGUGUAGAUAGGCUGUUGAGCAGGGAUGGUGACUGUGGAAGAACGCUCGUAUCAUACGCCAGCUGGUACAGUUCUUUAGAUCAUCAAUCGUACCUGUGUGUUAGGUCAUCAAUUGUACCUGUGUGUGCGACGGAUGCGUGACUGACUUGUAGUAUUGAUCUUAGGCACUUCAUGAUUCACACGCGGUUUGUUGAUGGAGCAUGAAUAAACAUCCGGCAGGCUGCCUACUUCUGUGGGCUGUGGUGCAGCCCAAGGUCAUUUGGGUACGGGAGUCUUGGUGUGAGCUGUAGGGCAGCAUAAUAAUGUCUCUGCAAUGACGGGAUCGAUAAGAGCCGCGGCGGUCCCCACUGCCCAUCGGCGGUGUGCAUUUGCAUUGUGCAUCCUUAUUUAUUGGAAGGGUGACCCGUGGGUCACAUCCAUUUAUAUGAACCCGUGGAUGUCACAGAUACCAUGUUGCUUUCAGAUAAAUAUAAAGAAGCCCUUCCAGUAGGCGAGUUGGAUAUAUAUAUUCAGAGUGUACGGGGCCAUACAGCCGUACAUGGGCC